UCACACCAUCCGCCAUUUGCCGAAGCCCAGGCAAAGCUACCGCCUCUCGAGGUCGAUGCAUUCCAAAAGACUCAGACGCUGGAUCCAAAGUGGGUUCCCGGAUCAGGGCUGACCACCUCGCAUCCGGCCUCGGCCCACUUUGCCGCGGCUGCCCGAGGAGAUGUGCCCUUUCGCGUGGUGCAGCCAGGCGUGACAGACAUGGAGCCCAGGAUGAUCUACAAGAUCCUCAUUGGCGCUGUAGCGCCAAGGCCAGUGGCCAUGGUGGGCACAGUGGGCGAGAAUGGAGUGUAUAAUCUAGCGCCCAUUAGCUUCUAUCAGGUCGUAUGCUCGGACCCGCCGCUGGUGAUGAUUGCUUUUGGUGGACCGGGAUUUCAUGGGACACGCAAGGAUAGCGAGAGCAACAUCAGAAGGAAUCAAGAAUUCUGCAUCUCCUCAUCCUCUGAGCCAUACGCAGAAGCACUCAACUACGCCAGCAUCGACUGCCCUGCCGAAGUCUCCGAGUUUGCCGUGACAGGCCUGACGCCCGUCCCUGGGCGGCUAGUAAAAGCUCCACGGAUUGGCGAAGCUCCCGUCUCCUUUGAGCUCACAGUGCAUUCCAUUACCGACUUCCACAAGGACGAUGGAGUCAGGGGAGGCUGUAUGGUUAUUGGGAGGGUGAGGAUGAUGCAUAUUCGAGAGGAUUGUAUCGAGGCCGACGGAGCCAUCGAUCCCAGCAAGACGUUCCCCGUCAGUCGGUUCGGGGGCCUACUUUACGGGCGGUCUUUGAGGGGCUUCGAGCUGGAGAGGCCAGCGUACGAAAAGGUCAAGGAAGACGAGAAUCUCAAAAAGGCCGUCGCAGAGGGAGCUAAG